AUGACUGUCUCAAUUCCUCUUAUUACUGUCUUCGGCGCUACCGGUAACCAAGGUGGUGCUGUCGCCAAAUCUCUUCUUCAAAACCCUUCCUUCAAGGUGCGAGCCCUAACUCGCAACCCAAAUUCAGCGGCGAGCCAGUCUCUCCUUGCCCAAGGUGCAGAAAUCCAUCAAGCCAAUGGAUUCAGCAGCGAAUCGAUGCUGGAAGCCUUCUCUGGCACGUGGGGUGUGUUCGUGAAUAUCAAUUCCGACGACAAGGAAUUCAAGCCGGACGGGCCCACAGAGUUUGAUAUGGGCAAGACUAUCGUGGACGCAGCAGUCCAAGCCGGAGUCCGCCAUUUCAUUUUCAGCUCUGGUCCCGACUGCCAUACCCUUACAAAGGGCAAGGUUAAGAUGAAUGCCGCAGACAUGAAGUUCAAAAUCGAACAAUACGCCCGCAAUAUUGGCAAGUUCGAAACCGUUAGCUUCAUAUGUGCUGCAUGGUUCUUUGAAAACUUCUUGUCGAAAGAUAUAGCACCGAUCUUCGGCGGUUUCCCCUAUAUACCAGACGCCGAAGGUUAUCUCACCUUCAUUGCCCCCAAAUGGGGCGGGAAGGAAGAAGUCCCAUUCAUCAGCAUGACUGAUGAUUUUGGCGACAUUGUCCAAGGCAUGUUUAUCGACCCUGUUCGGUGGCGUGACCAAAUAGUCCACGGCUGCAGUGAUAUCUGCAGUUUUGAAGACCUCGUAUCCAGUUUCGAGAAGCUCAGCGGCCGAAAAUCUCGCUUCCAACCGUUACCGUCCUGGGAAGAUUUCAACACCUAUGGGAUACCUGAGUUGGAUGACACAAAGGCUAUGUUCGGAUUCACUCAAAACAACCAGGGACGGUACUUUGGACCAGAACCAUCGGAGAAAGAGACAGCUGGUACGCUGAAGCAGAUCACAGCAGCGGCCUUGGGUCGGCCCAAGGAGGAGCAAAACCUGACGUCUGUUGAGGACUGGUUCCGGAAGCAUUUUCACUUCCAGUAA